AUGCCGUCCGUACCCCAUCCGCUAGACCCUCUUACGCCCGAGGAAAUAACGAAGGCCGCCAAUGUGGUCCAAUCAUUGUUUAAAGAUCAGACUUUAAACUUUCGGGUCAUCACCUUGAGAGAGCCACUCAAAGAAGAGCUGAUCACAUACCUCGAAACGGAGCAUCAGGGAGGUCAAACACUACCCAACAUUAGUCGGUGCGCUCGCGUGGAGGUGAUUUCUAGAAGCAAGAAGGGGACGAUCGACCUGUUGGAACUCAUUGUUGCUAUCGACAGCAAUGAUGUCAUCAAGCAGCAGCAUCUUGAAGGAAAGCACUCGUACAUCGACUCGGCGUACAUGAAAGAGGUCGAAGCAGCGUGUAUGGCCGACCCAAAAGUUCAGGCCGAGAUCAAGACGCUCGAUCUACCAGAAGGAGCAUCUGUGAUCAUUGAACCCUGGGCUUACGCUACUGAUGGCGCAAACGACAUGUCUCGCCGCAUCUCAAUGUGUUGGUUCUACCUCCGACUUCUCGCCCACCCGGAUGCGAAUUACUACGCGUACCCACUCGACAUCUGCGCCGAGGUCUCUGAAGAGUUAGAAGUCACCAAGGUCUACCGUUUGCCUUCUUCCGGCAACGAGCAAAUUCACAAUGAGAAACGCCCUUUUGAUCGCCAGAAGAUCCAUGCGGCGGAUGCGAGCGAGUACCAUCCGGAUCUACGACCCAGUCCUCGCACCACUACGAAACCGUAUCAGGUUAAUCAGCCAGAGGGUCCAUCGUUUCAGGUCAAUGGUCAAAUGGUCACUUGGGAAAAGUGGACAUUCAGGGUGGGAUUCAAUUAUCGUGAAGGACUGACUCUGCAUGACAUUCGAUACGGUGGGCGGAACCUGUUCUACCGCCUGUCCUUGGCGGAGAUGUUUGUCCCCUAUGGAGAUCCACGAGCUCCGUAUCCAAGGAAGGGGGCGUUUGAUUUGGGAAAUGAUGGUGCAGGUAUCAAUGCGAACAACUUGCAACUCGGUUGUGACUGCCUUGGCACUAUUAAUUACUUUGACGGCUGGCAUAAUACCUCUUCCGGCCUCCCGCUCAAGCUGCCCAACGUAGUAUGCCUACAUGAACAAGACGAUGGCAUACUUUGGAAACAUACCAACUUCCGCACCGGGCAUGCCGUAGUUGCACGCUCACGCAUCCUUGUUCUGCAAACGAUCAUCACUGUAAGCAAUUACGAGUACAUCUUUGCCUUCAAUUUCGGCCAAGAUGCCUCGAUUCACUAUGAAGUCCGGGCGACCGGCAUCCUCUCAACCGCACCCAUCGCCCUCGGAGAGCCCGAACCACCGUUCGGAACGAUUGUAGCGCCGGGCGUGCUUGCACCCUAUCAUCAGCACCUUUUUUGUCUGCGCAUCGACCCAGCUAUUGACGGUCACAAGAACUCCGUCGUAAUCGAAGAGUCGCACUCAAUGCCCAUCCAUGAUCCUGAUGUGCAUAACCCCUUCGGCGUCGGUUACGAGACUCGCACUAGUUAUAUCGAACGCGAAGGCGGAUUCGACCUCGAUCUGACUAAGAACCGCGUCUUCAAGAUCGUCAAUGAAGCAGAGAUCAACUCAAUGACGCAGACGCCAGUAGGUUUUAAGCUGCUGCCCUCAUACAGCCAAAUGUUACUCGCUCAUCCUUCGUCCUUUCACGCCCGGCGAUCCCAGUACGGUAAGCAUGCGGUAUGGGUGACCAAGUACCGCGAGGACGAGAUGUUUCCUUCGGGCAAGUACACGAUGCAGUCCAUGGGUGGUGAGGGUAUUGCGAGUGCGAUUGAGAAGAGAGCUAAAGAGGAGAACGAAGCGAAUGUGAGGAGUGAGGAUGUCGUGGUUUGGCAUACAUUUGGAUCAACUCAUAAUCCGAGGAUUGAGGAUUGGCCAGUCAUGCCGUGUGAGAAGAUGUUGGUUGGGUUGAAGCCGGUCAACUUCUUUGACAAGAACCCUGGACUAGAUGUUGCGCCGAGCACACAAGAGGUGAAUAGAAGUGUGCUAUAUAAUGAUGAUCCGACAAACGGGCAGGUUUGCUGUUAG